UAAUCAUUGCUUUUCGAAGCACACAACUUGCUGGCUUCAUGCAGUUUAGCCUACUCUUUAUCCACGCAAAGUUUAUUUCAGUUUUGCAAAAGAGGAAACAUGUAGUUCACAUAACGACAUUACUACUAACCCAGUAGCUUUGCGCUUCACACAGGCAGUCCUGGCAGAUCUGUAUAGUUCAACAAUCAGUCAGUUUCAGUCAGGCGUCCGUAGUUGUAGUCCGAUUGAAGCAUCAUAGUUCCAUUGGGCAGAAUGAUAAGCUUAUCGUGAUAAGUGCCUACAUCUCAUCGUCUAAUGAGCAUCGUAACCACGUGGUCUGAAAAACAUUCAUUCGCUCUCCUGCUAUAGAGGCUUAAUUACUACCAAUUACCACCUCUCGACCUCACGAUACGUGUCUAUUUUAUUUGAAUAAGUCAUAGGUAUACACCUAUUUAUUAUUGGAAAAUUGUGCUCCUGGUUUUUCUACUGAAUCUUGCAAAAUUUCUUGUGGUUCAUUAGUGGUUCAUUCAUUAGUGGCAGUGGUCAAUUUUGACGAAUAUCCGUUCCCAAUAUCCACAAAAUCCAACCAUCAGAAAGGACGUGAAAUUGGCCAAAUUUUCUGUGUUGAAAGACACGCAGAAUUUAAAAGCCCUGCAGUUGCUGCAUACACACAUCCUGUUUCAAGAUCUGGUUGGUAUAUACUAAAUGUGGGAACGGAUCGAUACAAAGUUCGGGAUUUGGGUGGUAAAAAAGUUGGCCUUAUUCUUCUGUAGCAGUAUUGUAUAAGAGAUGUCUUUUAAGAGAGAAACGCCUUGGGAUAUAAAACUACAUCGUGCUGCAAUUCGGGGAGAUUCUGACAUUAUUAAUCACCUCUUGAAUUCCGGACGGGUUCACGUGGACUGUCGAGAUAAUGAUGGUACCACGCCUCUCAUGUUUGCCGUCGCGGGGUGUAACUACAACUGUGUUCAGGAAUUGCUAGAACAAAAUGCUGAUCCGAAUGCGAAGCGGUUUGAGACACGAACAUCUCCACUCUUCCUGGCAGCUCAAAACGGGGAUAUUGACACAUUGAGACUGCUCCUCAAAUAUGGGGCAGAGUUGGAUCAACCAAAUUGUGACGGGGGAACGCCACUCUUCGUUGCAUGCCAGGAAGGACACGACAUGAUGGUUCGAGAGCUUCUUGCACUGGGGGCUGAUCCGAACCAUCCGAUGAAGGACAGAGCCACGCCACUCUUCGUCGCAGCCCAAAACGGCCACUGCACAAUCACUAGGCUCCUGCUGAGUAAAGGAGCCAUUGUCGAUAUCCGGAGAAUAGAUGGUGCAACGCCAUUGUGGAUUUCGUGUCAAAUGGGACAUGCCACUGUGUGUUCAAGUUUGUUGGAAAAAGGAGCUUUUGUUGAUGCAUUAAGAAAUGAUGGAGCUUCUCCUUUGUUCAAAGCAGCUCAUAAGGGAUUUCGAGAUGUUGUGAGAGUGUUAUUACCGUACAAACCAAAAUUGGGCUUUUUACCGAAUGGUGAAAGUGCGUUGCACGGUGCGGCGAUGUUUGGACAUUUGGAUGUUAUCAGAACCUUACUGCAUGCUGGAUCGGAUGUCUCAUUGACCAACAGGGAUGGGAACACGCCUUACCAAAUUGCUCUCAAGUACAAACACCCACAUGUCGCAGACUAUCUUAAAUCACUUAUUUCUUCCACUCCGAAGCCAAAGCCAAGUCAGGGCCAAAACUUGUGAAACUGUUUCGGUGUACAUAUCGGUAUUACCGUGUCUUAUUUCCUAUUCAUGAAAUGCCUUGUGUUUUGAACGUUGAUUGAAGCCGCAAUUCCAUUGUUCAUAGUUAUUUUAGUCAGUCAUUUGGUGCCCUCAGGAAAAUAUGUUGCACACAAUGAUAUAAUUCUACCCCAACUUUAUUCUAUUUCUAUUGUGCCGUUUUUCAUCAUUAACAACGAACGACCGAUAUAUUGUGUCGUCUAAAUGCAAUGCAAUCCAUAAUUAACUACAUAUAUAUAUAUAUAUUUAUGAGUUUAUUUUUAUGAACUGUGAUGAGAUUUACUAAAACUAGUAAAGAAUUAAAAGCGAAACAGAUGAUAAAAGUAA